UUAAACUUACUUCUAAAUGUUAAUUUUGUAAUGUCAUCUAUACCUCAAUACAUUUAAGAGUAUUUUCUCUCAGUACAAUUUUCAAAGACAACUGAAAACGAAAACAGUUGCAUUCAAACACCCGAGCACUUCAGUUGUGAAAGUGAAAAUGAGUAUUGACGGCUAUAAUCCCGUACUAACGCGAAAAAAUCGCAUGGAAUUGUUUACUGCAGAAGAAUGUAAAGAGAUUUUAGCAAAUUUAUUGGCCGAUAAGAACGAGAAUGGCGUGUUGGUUAAUUUUGAUAUAGUGCCGGCCACAGAACAUGUGGGUUUCUUGGGAGAAUACUUUCAUCUGUAUCUGCGGUAUCAGUUGGAAGAUCAGAUUGAUAUACAAAGUUCUCGAUUGUUUGUCAAGUCGGUGAUUUUUCAAAAUGCCAAUAUGGAAUUCUAUAUGGAGAAAAUGGGAGUUAUUAAAAAGGAAAUAAAGCUUUAUGAACUGUUGCUGAACGAGUUGAAAAAGUUUUCUCCCCAUGUGUGGUGUGCAAAGUGUUAUUUCACCCGCGAUGAUCUGUUUGUAAUGCAAAAUGUUGAGGACAUGGGCUAUGUGGCUUUGCCAUCGGGAACUCGUUUCCUAAGCGAAAAUCAAAUAACCCCCAUUUUAAAAUCCUUGGCCACUUUGCAUGCCAGUAGUAUUGCCUACGAAAAGCAGAUGGGUAAAACCAUAGGAGUGGAGUUGAGAGAGUGGCUUAAGGAAGUCUCCGUGGAUCCGGAUGUUGAAUGGUAUACCACGGGCUUAAGGGCUGUUUUGGCAGUGGCUGCCACCCAUCCUGAUGUCUUGGAUAAUGCCCAAGCCCAGGAGUUUAUUGCCAAGGAACUGCCGAGAUGUCUGGACAAGGUUUACUAUAUGGUUAAUCCUUCACCAACUCAUAGGAACGUCUUCGUUCAUCGCGAUGCCUGGGGUGCAAAUGUUUUUUAUCACAAGGAACAGCCGCAGGAGAAGAGAUCUGUCCUGGUCGACUUUCAACUCUGCCGAUAUGCCCCACCUGCCAUGGAUUUCCACCUGGCUACCUAUUUAAAUCUGGAACCCAAAAAUCGUAAAAAGAUGAUUGAUGGUCUGACCCAAACUUAUUACAACGCAUUGACCGAAGAACUUCGAGAAAUGGGCAUUGAUCCCAAUCAGGAACAACUGAGUAAACAGGAGUUUGAGAAAUCCCUGAAGGACUUUGCUUUAUUUGGAGAGACCUACAAUUGCAUAGCGGCCACCAUACUCCAUCUGCCCAAAAAUUAUUUGAAAAACCUCAAGGAUGAACGGCCAGAGGCUUUCCAUAGGUUCUGCAAUGUGGAUCGCACGGAAGAUGUUCUUCGUUUGAUGAAAGAACAUUCGGAAUUCGCUGAUUAUAUGUAUGAAUGUGUGGGGGAUUUGCUGGCCCUGACAUAUAAAGAAAACUGAUUAAACGACAUUGUGGCCCUCACUAUCUUUUCCUGUUUCCCUGGUAACACUUGGAACCCUAUCAGUUUGGCCAGAGAUUUUUGUUUACACACCUCUACUCUCAACCCACUGGAUUAUCUUAUCGCUGAAAUUCAAGGCGGCUUAUGAGUUAUUUAAUUAGGGUACAUGCACUUCUUAGUGCGGUUAGCCAUUGUAUAUGAGCAGUGUCGGGAAAGGUAC